GAGAUAUUUUACCUUUUGAUAUCAUAGUGUGAAAGUUUAUUCGAAAAUAAAACAAAAAGAAGCAAAAAACAAGAAGCAAAAAUUUUUCAGAGACGAGAGUAAUCAGUGCAACUGUGAGCUCCUCCUCACCUCCGACAAUGUUCUGUCAUGCUCGAUCUCAUCUCCGCCGCACCAACAUCACACUAACCACCACUCUCCUCCGUACUCUAACCACCGUCGGCGCCGCCGCCUAUCCUGAGAUCCCACUCCUCCAAGAAUCUACCUCCUACACAGUAACACCCCCAAUAAAACCCUGGCCUCAACGUCUCUACCCAAAACGCCUAAUCUUCAUGAUUACCCACCAAGAAAAUCUCGACCUCGCCUUCCAAAUCUUCGACUACGCUGGAAAAUAUCACCCUGGUUUCUCCCAUACUUACGACACUUACCACUCCAUCAUCGACAAGCUCUCUCGUGCUCGCGCCUUUGGUGGGGUAGAAUCUCUACUCUCUCAACUGUCACGUAACUCCUCUCACAUCAAAUGCGGCGACGAUGUUUUUAUCUCUGUAAUUCGCAAUUAUGGCCUUGCAGGUAGGCCUAGAUUAGCCCUCAAAACAUUUACGCGAAUCAAAGAAGAAUUCAGUAUGCAGCCUUCUGUGAAAUUAUUGAAUACUUUAUUGAAUGUUUUUGUGCAGAAUAAAAGGUAUGAUUUAGUGGGUUCUACGUUGAAAAAUUGUAAAGAUAAAUAUGGGGUUUUGCCUAAUGUGUUUAGUUUUAAUAUUUUGAUUAAGGCUCUUUGUAAAAAGAAUGACGUAGAAAAUGCUCUUAAGGUGUUCGAUGAAAUGCCCACGAUGGGAAUGAUUCCAAAUCUGGUGACUUAUACGACUAUUUUAGGUGGGUUUGUUUCACGGGGCGAUUUGGUUAAUGCUGAGAAGGUUUUUAGUGAUAUUUCGGAUAAAGGGUGGUUGCCGGAUGCGACUACUUAUACAGUUUUGAUGGUUGGGUAUUGUAAACAAGGGAGGUUGAGUGAUGCUAUCAAGGUAAUGGAUAAUAUGGAGUAUAACGGGGUGGAACCGAAUGAGGUUACUUAUGGGGUUAUGAUUGAUGCUUAUUGUAAAGAGAAAAAAUCUGGUGAAGCUCGUAACUUGAUUGAUGAUAUGCUUGAUAAGAAGUUUUUGCCAAGUUCGACCCUUUGUUGUAAGGUUAUUGAUGUGUUAUGUGAGGACGGGAAGGUGGAGAAUGCUUGUCAUUUGUGGAAGAGGAUGUUAGAGAAGAAUUGUUUGCCAGAUAAUGCAAUAAUGAGCACACUUAUACAUUGGCUUUGUAAGGAGGGGAAAGUGUGGGAAGCCAGGAAAUUGUUUGAUGAGUUUGAGCAAGGUACGAUUCCAAGUCUUAUGACAUAUAAUAUUCUCAUUGCAGGGAUGUGUGAGAGAGGGGAGUUGAAUGAGGCAGGCAGGUUGUGGGAUGAUAUGGUGGAGAAGCGUUGCAGGCCCAAUGCUUUUACAUAUAAUAUGUUGAUUAAGGGUUUCAUGAAGGCUGGGAUUGUGAAGGAGGGAGUUAGGAUUCUUGAAGAGAUGUUGGAUAGUGGGUGCUUGCCUAAUAAGUCAACAUACACAUUAUUGAUUGAGGGGUUACAGGAAUCGGGAAUGGAAGGAGAUGUGGAUAAGGUUGUGUCUAUGGCCAUGGCAAGCAGAGAAGUAGAUGCUGAUUCUUGGGAUCUCUUCUUGCACAAGAUUGUUGGUAAUCUGGAUUGUGGGACUGGUGCUCUUGAUAGAUUGUUAAUGGAAAGUGCUACAUAGAGAUCCAUUCAUCGGACUUCAUACAGUAAUGGACGAAGUGGUAUUUGAUUAUUCGAGGGCACUGACUGCAGAAGCUCCCAGUAAUUUAUAGAGUUGCUAACGUUCACUUAGCAGGUGCUCUCUCUGUCUUGGUUUGGAUGUCACUGUUAAGAGAGACUGAAAAGCUCUGUGAAGCAGCAAGAGGAGCAUAUUGUAGGAUUUUAUGUUCAAACUGGCCUCAAUUGCUGAACUACAGAGCAGAUAACUGAGGAAUUUUUAGCACUAUUAGUUUUAAUAGACCGUUGGUAGUUUUCAAGAUAAUGCUUGCAUUGGUGAAUGAGCUGUCAUGCCCAAAACACAUGAGCUGCUGUUAGUUAAUACGUUAUGCAAAAUUUGUUGCUUAUGUAGUCUGAAAAUUCUAUCCAAGGGUAGGGCAUUGGUAUUCUUAAAGCUUUGAAAGAAGAGGUGCGCAAUGUGAGGACCUGGUUUCUCUCUCUUUCACACACACAAAGAACCACAGAGGAAGCAUCUGCUAGGUCUGAGUGCGAGCUCAGAGAUACUGAAUAAGGGACAUGGCUUAAGUGUCAAAUUGUGGGGGCAGUGCCUUGUUAGAAAUCAUGGAAUACAGACAUGCAUAACAGCCUGCUUCUGAGAAGAACAUCUGUUUUUUAUUUUUAUUUUUAUUUUUUGUGUAGCAUGUCAAUGGAGGAAAAAUAUAAGGAUCAAAUCUAGCUAAACAUAUGGUAGCAAUAUUGAGAGAACAUAACUGAUUUUUCUCAUAACAGAACAAUGAAUCUCUGUUGGAAGAUCGUUUCAGCUAUUGGCUAUAAUCUUAAGAUGGUCAGCCAUUAUAAAACUGUUGGCAAUGAAUUCUUCUUCUUCUUCUUCUAUUUAUUUUCCUUCUUGCGUGUGUGAUAAGGAUGGAAGAUUACAAUUGGUGUUGUGGCUGAAUAUAUUCAGUUUUCUUCCACUUUAUUCGUUGUAAAUUAACUUAUGUUCUAAAUGAUUGAGCUUGGCUGUA